CUUACCUUUAUAGUCAGGGCUUUGGCCGUUUCCAGUAGAAACAAAGGAGCAGAGUAUUUUUGUCUUGGAGGGUGCAAAUUUAUCUGGGGAGCCAUCUUGGUGCUGAGUCAUAGCUACCCCUUAUGACAUCACAGGUCCUUCACAUUCUUUGUGCUCAUGCCAGAAACACAGACCUAAGGGGAUUUGACCCAUCUAUACCUAAUCCAUGUGGGGCCGAUGGAGGAAAACGAGCCAGAAAAUACUGUAGAACAUACGAAUGAUGAGCCCCAGCAGAAAGGGAAACCAACUCAUUCAUCUUCAACACCACACUCAGAGCAGGUGGAGGCUAAAUCGAUCGAACGGGUUGAAACAAAAGGAGUGAGCGAUACCGCUGGGAGAUCUAGAGAAAUUCCAGGGAAACAGAAUGAGCGUCCUACUAGUAAGACAAGUGUCGUGAGGAUCCAGGCUUGGUGGCGUGGCACCUUGGUGCGCAGGACGCUGCUGCUCGCAGCCCUCAGCGCCUGGGUCAUUCAGACUUGGUGGAAGGAGAAGCUGAUGGAGCAGAUGGAAAAGAGGCGGCGGACGGCACUGGAGAACUUUGCCCGGAAGGAGUGGGCGGCGGUCAGCCUGCAGUCCUGGGUCCGCACGUGGCGCAUUCGGAGGCGCUACUGCCGGCUGCUGCAGGCCGCCCGCAUCAUCCAGGCCUACUGGAGGUGCCACUCCUGCGCCUCCCGGGGGCUCAUCAAGGGCCACUACAGAGUGACAACUGAUCAGCUGUGUCUCGAGCUGGAGAUCUUGCUGGGCUCUGGGCCUUGUAUCCUGACGGAGUCUAUUCCUCUCCCAAUAAAUCAAUGAAGCGGU